AUCCCAGCUCUGCAACCCGACUCUGCACCCCGACUCUGCACCUGGACCAGCUGGACUCCCACAGCCCGCCAAGCCACCGGCAGAGAAGACAUGGUGCUGGCCCCUUGGUUGCUGCUUUUGGUGGCCUUGGACCUAAUGGGCGUCCCUGGGGUCCUGGCUCAGCCCAACAUGGCCCAGCAGGAGGCUUCGAUGGUGGCUGACCGCCCAGGGGUCCUGAAUGACCUCCUGCACCAGGCAGAGCGCCUCCUCCUCCAGGCAGACCCUCAGGAGCUGCAGGCAGAGAUGGAUGGCCAGUGGUCAGACCCCCAGGCAGAUCAGCCCCACUGGCUCACCAAGCGCCAGCACCCUGGCCGACGGGAGGAAAAGGAGGUGGAGGAGGUGGAGGAGGAGGAGGAGGAGACGGCGGCGGCAGGGGGUGCUGUGGGCCCCCACAAGCGGCAGCAUCCUGGUCGGCGGGAGCAGGGGGACCACACCCCACAGAAGCGGCAACACCCUGGCCGGCGGCUGGCAAACCCGGAGAGCCUGGGCUGGGGGGUGGCUGAGGAGGAGGGCAGGGAGGAGGGUGAGCAGGAGCCAGAGAAGCGGCAGCACCCCGGUCGGCGGGCCCUGGGUGCCCUGGAUGCUCCCUGUGGGUCCCGGUCAGCCUGCAUCCUGCUGCGGCUCCUGAGGGAAUGGCCCCCCCAGAAGCGCCAGCACCCAGGCCGGAGGGCUGCCUGGGCUGGACAGCCGCUGUGGGGGUGAGCUGGGUGCAGGGGGCUAGGACUGCCCCCCUAGGAUCCCCUCAUGCUCCCACCCUAGACCUGGGUUUCCCAGGGACCCCAUCCUCAGCCUCCGUCCCAGACCUGGGCCCCCUACACCCCCUCAGGCCCCCCUCAGGCGAACCAGCCUGCCAGGCCACACUCAGACCUUCCCCCUCUGCACCCAUGUCCCUUUCUCUCCACCCCUGCAGGCUGGUCCCCUUCCUCAGCCCUGAGACCACCCUAGGUGGACAGGGGGCGCUGUGCUGGGAGGUGGGGGAGCAGUGUGAACCCAACCCCUGUGUGUA